CCGGCCAGCCUGCGGCGGGCGGACUGGGACCGGGGCCCUCGGCUGGCGGGACCGAGCACGGCGGCCGGAUGGAGGACGACGAGGAGGAGAUCACCGCCGCCAUGCUGCGGGGCAAGCCCCGGCCGCCGCCCAUCUCGGCGCUGUCCGCCUUCAGCUACGUCCCGCCGCGGCGCCAGGACCCCAAGGAGCACAGCUACUACUACCGCCAGGGCAGGACCGGAAUCAGUUCCCUCUAUGACUGUGUUUUUAAGAGGAACCCAGGAUAUAAUCAGAAAUUGCACCGAGACGACAGAGAACAUGCAAAAAGCCUGGGACUGCACGUUAAUGAGGAGGAGCGCGAGAGGCCAGUGUGGGUGCUGACGUCUUCCGUCUACGGGCGGCGCAUCCACCAGCCUGUGGAGCCCGCGAACCGGGAUCACAGCCGCGCCGGCCACGUGAAGGCCGACUUCUACCGGAAGAACGACAUCCCCAGCAUCAAGGCGCCCGGCUUCGGGCACAUUUCUCCGGCCUGACGCCCUCGCAUGGCCCGA